AUGAGCAAGAAAGACAUAACAUUUCAUUUUUUUACACCUGAAACAUCAAAUUCAUCAGGCAAGGAGUGUAAAAAUCAUAAGAAAAAACCAAAUAUGUUCUUUAUUUAUCGUAGUGAAAUGAUGAAAUUCAGACCAUCUAACAUUCCAAUGAAGUCCUACAGCAAACAAGUAUCUGGAUGGUGGAAAAAGUUAUCAAGAGAAAACAAAGACGAGCUACAAAGAAGGUACCAGAUCAAUAGAGAUCAAAAAUCACAUAAUGGAACUGACCAAAUGGGUGAUUGUUCGAGCUCGACCUUGACUGAUGAAUCUUCAUACGACCAAUACCUUAAAUUCCUCACUCGAGAAGAAAUCAUGUUCUUCAAUUUUGUAGAAUAUCCCAUUGAUCGGGGUGACACAAACCUCUUGGAGGUAGGUAAAUCGAACGAACCGCUCAAAUUAAGGCAAGAUGCUUACCUCACCGACAGUCCCCCUAAAGACUAUUUCAAUAAUUAUAAUGAUAUCGAAUCUAUUGAUUAA